AGAAUUGUUCGUUAUAGAUUUGUCGGUAGAACCAUUCGUUAUCCAGAAUGAUGCUUGUACACUAGUUUGAUUCAUUCACCAUCAAUGGUACAAAUCAUAAUAGAGUUCAAAAUAAGAUAUAUAUAGUUUUACUAAAAUGGUAACUAGGGCCUCUCAUUAAGGGUAAAACUUCGUAUUCACUUAUGCUUUUUUAUUGAGUUCACUUCCACACUUCGCUAUAUAACACACCUAUUUUAGGAAAUUAUUUAUUUUCACAUUUCUUCACUCUUCUUUCAUCCCCAACCUUAAAUCUAAGUUUUUCGUUUCAGCAAAAACCCUUUCUCUUUUCUUUUCUAAGAAUCAUAGACAGCCUCCAUAUAUAGUUUCUGUUCCUUCUGCAUCUCACAUUUGGUCGAAUCGAGAUGAACAAUAAGAGAUGUGAAUCUUAUCUGGAAGAAGAAGAAAGAUGAGAUCUCUGAGCAGUGUUGGACUUGCUCUAAGCAUAGUCUUUGGUUGUUUGCUAUUAGCUCUUCUCGCUGAGCUUUAUUACUUGCUUUGGUGCAAGAAGAGGUCGACGCCGACGAGGCCUGACUUUCGAAAUGACUAUUCUACCCCUGGAACCAGAGAGCUUCUCUUAAUCUUCUGUUGCAGUAGUACCACAAACCCUUCUUCUUCUUCAUCUCCUUCUUCUUUCUCAAACCCUAAGCCCAUUGGAACUGAACAAGUACAGUCUCUUCCUUCUGAUGAUGGGUUUGGGAAUGUGUGUGGUCCAGGGCAUGUGCCGAGGUUUCUGUUCACAAUCAUGGAGGAAACAGUAGAGGAGAUGGAAAGUGAAGAUGGGGUGGUUUCCACAAAAGGAAAGAGUUUGAAUGAUUUGUUUCUUAAUAUGGAAAGUGGUGCCAUUACUCCUCCAUAUCUUACUCCUCGUGCUUCACCUUCGUUGUUCACGCCUCCUUUAACUCCGUCACUAAUGGAGUCUUGUAAUGGUAGUAGAAAAGAAGAGAUCUCGAGUUUCUUUGAGUCAUCGUCUGAUGCUGAGUUCAAUAGGCUAGUGAGAUCAUCGCCAUUGUCAUCAUCGCAUUCACCAUCAUCAUCGUCAUCUUCGCCAUUGUCGAGAUUCAAGUUCUUAAGAGACGCAGAGGAGAAGCUUUACAAGAAGAAAGUGAUGGAGAUUGCAGAAACCGAGUGAAUUCAAGAGCCAAAACUGUUAAAAACACAGUUCAAGAAUUGGAUUUGUUCAAUCAAGAAGAUGAGGUCUUGGAGAGAAAACCAAAUAGAAUUAAACCGGUUUUUUGGUCUGAUUUAAUCAUCAACAUUUGUUUUGGUCUGAAUGUUUUUGGUUUGUCAUCGGAUAAAACCGGUUGUAAAUUUUUUCGAUUGGAUAGAGAAUUUGUUUUAGCCGAAUUUGUGUAUUUUCGAUCAAAUCAUGGGAAUAAAGAUUGGCUUUGGAUUCUA